UGUCUAAUUAUGAUGUCCACGCACUGAGUACAUUACCUUUGCAUGAGAACUAUAUAAAACGCCCGGAUAGAGUCUAACCCCUUUAUUGGAGGUCACCUGAUUGUUGCACAUUGAUGUUCAUAAUAAAGUCUACUGUGCCUUUUACAAGUUUUAGGUUCCCGAGUCCAUAUUCUAGAGGAUUUGCACAUAAAACAUUCACCAUGUCUUCAGAGCAAUUCGAAAGGAUUGAAGAUGACUACCGAACUCUCUGUGACACAGUCAAGUACAAACUUGAAGCAAGAAUUCCAAAUUCAUCUGGUGAGGAAAGGAAAAAGCUAGUGCGUGAAGUUCUUAGAGAAACAGAGGAUCUCCUUGUGAUGGUUACAGGUCUUGAGAAUGAAGCCUCACCAGCCCCAGGAAGCUUUAGAACUCAACUCAUGGGUAAAGUGAGGUCAUACAGGAGAGAGGUAGAAAGACUACAAAAAGAUGCACAUCGAUUCGGCGGACAGACAAGUGGCAGAGAUGAACUUCUAUCAGGCGGGAUGUACAGUGCCAAGUCAGAUUUUGAGGCACACCAAGACACCCAGAAGAAUCGUGUGAUCGGAGGAAUAGAGAGUCUUAACCGAACUAGCCAGAGCCUUGACAGAACGCAGAGGAUAGCAGCGGAGACGGAUGAGAUAGGGGUUGGUAUCCUGGAUGAACUCGACGGGCAGAAGGAACAACUUAUUAGGACAAGAGAGCGGGUAGAAGAUAUAGAUGAUAAUCUAAGCAGAAGUAAAAGAAUACUUAACAGUAUGGCAAGAAGAGUCAUCACAAACAAACUCAUCUUAUCUGGAAUCAUCCUCGUGGAGCUUGCGAUCCUCGGUGUCGUCAUUUGGUGGAAGUUCUUCUCAAAAUAGCUCCACAACUCAUCAUCAAAGAACAAAAACAAUUUUAGAAAAUGGAAUAUAUAUUAAUAUAUAAACAUCAAGUACUGGUGAAGGACUUGAUAUGAUGAUUGGAGAGAGACAGAAUUCAUGGUUUUGGAAGAAACAAAGAUUCCACCGACAACUCUAGGACAAGCUGCCCUGAGGGUGAUAUUCUGCUCAUCUGUGUGAUCUCUUAUUCUUCAGGUUCUGAUCUAUGAUGAGUUAUUUGUGGCCACGAUCAUGUAAAUUUAUAUUUGUAUCCCGUUGUUUUAUAGUAUAUACCUCCUAGCACAAUGAAAAGGCUACACUCAAUGGAUGAAGAGUCAUCAUUUUUCAGGGGGGUGAAUAUUAUUUCUGUUCCGAGAUCGACCUUGUAAAGAGGAAGGGAGGGGAGAAAUUCACUAUUUUGAAAGCAAAAUAGAGUUAAAAAUAAGAAUCCUAAAUAAAAUAAUACAUAUAUAUUUUACAGGAGAAAUUCUAGCCACCUUUUUGACCUGAUCAAGCCCAGUUUUAUGAAUGUAUAUAUUUAAUUUGAACCUGUUGUACUGUUGUCUCGCAUGUAAAAAUCUAUUGGGCCUGGCCUGUUUACUUACAAUUACUUACAAUCAAAGGUGAAAAUAAGCUUUUUUUGCGAAAUUUAUGAGAAGCUGGAAAUCUUCAAAUUUGACCCAGUACCGUAUUGCUGAUGGGCUAAAACUCAAAUUUGGACCAAUUUGAAGGAGGUAAGUUUGAAAUUUAUAAAAAAAAAGUUAAAAUUUUGACAUAUAUAGUGCGUCCCAGAAAAAACAAAACCGAGAAUUGUCGAUG